AUGCCUUCAAUAUCAAAAUAUAUCCGCAAUCUGAAAAAUAAAAGUUUUGAUGUUGAAACUGCAUUUGCGAUUUAUGUUUGGGUUGGUUGUAAUGAUCUUGAUAGUGGUAAUGGUUUAGAUGCUUUUGAUUCUAGUCUUUCGUAUUCUUUGAUCAUUGAUUUGUCGACGGUAAAUGCUUCUCUAGUUAAUAAUCUUAUUUUGAUGUUAUUCCAGUUGUUGUAUUUACUUAGUGCUACAUAG